UACGCCUCGAAGGUUUCAUGGAAGGUUUCAGCAUGAUCUCCCUUCGAUUGAAGGAGAUGUAUCAGAUGAUCACCAUGGGUGGCAACGCAGAGCUUGAGCUUGUCGACUCCCUGGACCCUUUCUCCGAAGGUAUCCUCUUCAGCGUCAUGCCGCCCAAAAAGUCUUGGAAGAAUAUCAGCAACCUAUCUGGUGGCGAGAAGACCCUCAGCAGUCUGGCGUUGGUCUUUGCAUUACAUCACUACAAGCCGACACCGCUGUACGUGAUGGACGAGAUCGAUGCUGCUCUGGAUUUCAGAAACGUCUCGAUUGUCGCCAAUUACAUCAAGGAGCGCACCAAGAACGCUCAGUUCAUCGUCAUCUCGCUCCGCAAUAACAUGUUCGAGCUGGCCGCCCGCCUGGUCGGCGUGUACAAGGUCAGCCAUAUGACCAAGUCCGUCACGAUCGAGAACCAGGAUUAUGUCAUCGGCAGAAGGCCGCAGCCACAACAGCACCAACAGUUGGGCAUCGGGGCAACACAGACUGUCAACUUCACGCUUAGUCAGCCUUGGAGAUAAAAGACGAUACUGGAUGAUUGUCUGGGAGGCUGACUGAUGGUGUUUGCGGUACGGUUGAUGAUCUAAUGUAUUGGUAAACGUGGUUGUCUGGGCAAUAGGGGUUUGGAUGGGCUUGGGCUGGUGUUAUUGAUAAUGAAUGACUUUAUGUAAUGAGAUUCUCUUUUCUGUACUACCAAUGCAUAUCAAAAGCUCGA